AUGGGGAAAACACGAGCUGCGACAUUAAAAGACGUCCCUGCCGUUAUCGAUGUGAUCCUCUCUUCAAUUCACAGCGAGCGCCUGUGGACAAACUUUGUGCCGUCACAGAGAAACCGUGGCACUGACUUCCGCCAAGAGAUCGAGGCUCUCUUUGAGGAGCAUAUCGACCCUAGCAACACCGACUGGGUCAUCGAGGUCGUCGAUCUGGGGGAUAAAGGGGGCACUCCCGUCAUCGUUUCUGUUGCCGUAUGGGACUUGUCGGCAGCCCAGGGCCAUGGAGGGCAGUCAAAAAUUGAUUCGAGGCAACAUGAAGAGCGUGAGACCAAGAUGCCCAUCGAGGACGUGCACCUCAGCAUGUUCUACGACUUGGUCCAGAACGGUCGCAGCGAGUUUGUGAAAAGAUACCCACAGUUCAUGUAUCUGCAGCUCCUUGCCACCCACCCGAACUACCGCGGCCAGGGCUAUGCCAAAGACCUGUUGCUCUCUUACAUGGCCAAGGCGAAGCAGAAAGGAAACGUUCUGGCUACCUUUGGUGGGCCAUUUGGCUAUAUCUUCUUUAGUGGAUUGGGGUUCCAUGAUCUGGGUGCCGUUGCCUUGCCUUCAGGCAUCGCGAAUGACACGGUUAUGGUCAAGGCCAUGUCACUGUCUGUCCCGAAGCAAGGCAGGAGACGGUCCAUUGUGACCGCUGUCGUCAAUCAUAUCACCCACUAG